AUUUCUCCGAAUCCCUAAUUGGCUUCAAUUAUCAUUUGAAUUCCGGUUAGCAAUUACGAAUUUCGUACCGGAAGUCUUCGUCCAGAAUGGAUAUCUCUCCGAUCGGCGAUACACGGGCGGUAGCCACUGCUCAAGACUUAGGGUUUGCGAAAUUCCAUCUGCAUCGCCCUCACAGCUUCACCUGCAACAAUCACCUAGCUUUAUGUUCCGAUCCUUCGGCGGAGACCUCCGAGUUUCUCCCCAUCUAUGCCUUCGCUCCUCCGACCGUUAAAUCCAACCGCAAGACUUCCAGGCGCACUAUUCUCAGCAGAAAGCGACGAACGAGGCGAAUUACGACCAGCUCCGGUGAUUCCGAUGAAGGUGGGGAUUAUGGAUUUUUUGGCGGUGAUGGAUACGGUUCGUUUGGGAGUGGCAGCGGUGGCGGUGGAUGGGGUGGCAACGGGUGGAAUUUCGACAGAUUCGGAGGCCAUGAUUGGGAUGAAUCUUCGUCUUCGUGGUCUUCUCCGGCAUUUUCUUUUAUUUAUGAGGUGGUUUGUUGGAUUGCCUUAUCUAACUGCGUGCAUUUUGCGUUCAAGAAGAUGGCGAGGGCAGUGGCUGCUGCUGGGAUUGGGGACGCUGAAAGAGAAAAGGUUCCCAUUAGAUUGGCCUCAAUAUGCUGACUCUUCAUCCUUCAACCUUUUGUCAUUGAUUUAUGGGUACCCUGGAUUCUCUGCUCGUAUGUUUCAUAAUAAACUUCAAUGUAGAUAAUAGUGGGUAUAUACUAAUUAUUAUUUCUUUAAACCUGUUUAUGAUUCAGGUGAUGUAUAUAUUCUCAUUGUUACUAUAAUUUCACAUUUGAUUGUUAUCUGCUAAAUCUUGGACUUGGUGUAUGACAUCAUUUAUUGCAUUUGGAACUCUGGUAAUAGAUGGGAAACAUUUCU